CCUGGAUUUGCCCAGGGCGUGUCUGUUCUCUAUAAAGAGGCUGGGUCUGGCCCAGCUACAGCAGCUUCGGUGCCUUCUUGCCUUCCCAGCUCUGUCCUGCCAUCCAGGGUCCAACCCACUGAACUCCAAGAUGCAAGGGAUAAUGGUGGGCAUUCUACUCCUGAUGGCGGCUCUGCCUGUCCUGGAAGCUAAUGACCCAUUUGAUAAGGACAGCCCUUUCUAUUAUGACUAUCACAGUCUACGUGUGGGGGGCUUGAUCUGCGCUGGCAUCCUGUGCGCUGCCGGUAUCAUCGUUGUCAUGAGUGGCAGAUGCAAAUGCAAAUUCGGCCAGAAACACAAGCCCGGCAGUAACUGCUGAGUUGCCCCAGCCUCCCUGACCCUGCAGAGCUCUUUUUUGUUCUUUUCCCCUGACCUCACCUGUACAUCACCUACGAUUUUGUACUCCUGACAACCACUGACCCGGCAUCUCUCUGGGGACCCUGGUCCCAGGUGGACAUUUUUUUUUACAUGUAUUUUUGAAUUAAGCCAUUCUAAACUCUUCAAGAUGUCUAGUGAGAGGGAGAACAGCGUGGAUGGGGGCGGAAAGGGUUGAAACCUAGGCUGUAGAAGAGCCCUUUUUGUUCAGGUUCACAUAAACUCCUCCUCUCUUAAA